CGUAGUUUAGAUUCAUUUACUUAAAGACCAAUGGCCCGUCCGUAGUUUCUCUCCUCUCCCUUUAGUUUUCCCCUCAAGACGUCGAUACAAGGAUUGACCAAGUAUGCAAAACCUAUUUUUAACUGUCCCGUUUCUAUAAAGUAGGAUAAACAUUAUAAUUGUAUCAUGCAGAGGGGGGCAGUGGCGCACUUUUCCGUGUACAACCUGCCGGAAUUUCAGUAGAAGAAGAAAAGAUGUGUCACUCAGCUUCCUGUUAGCGUACGCGAAAAUGGCUGAGACAAGGUCUAAAUGUCACUGCAGUGUGCCUCUUUGCACUUCUAACAAACAGAAACAACCUUACUUAAGCUUCCAUGGCUUCCCUAGGGACGAAGAGGAAAGGAGGAAGUGGGUCCAAGCGAUUCGCAGGGAGGAAGGUCCGGAUUUUAAGAUACUACGAGGGAGUACAUUCGUGUGUAGUCGCCAUUUCGCUGAAGAAGACUACAGUCCUGUUAGCAUCGUAGGGGAUCGCAAACGGCUAAAAGCAGGGGUUGUUCCGUGGUGUUUUCAGUGGAAUAACUGGGGGAUGUCCCAAGGAGAGCCUGUUAAUGACAAAAACAAAGUUUCUCUAACAAAACGCAAGAAUGAGGAGGUCCCCCCUGCCCUGCUGGAUCAUAACUACUCCGGUUUUUCUGCUACAGGUAAACCUGAUGCUGCACCUUCACUCACAGAAGAGGAAGUUCAGGAGCCUGACAUGAAGAAAGCAUGCCUGGAAGUGGAUCAUUUGUUUUUCAACAAGUUUUGUGUCUCAGAUGAGGAAAUAUGCUUUCAUACAAGAUUUCCUUCUAGAGACAUCUUCUAUUCUUUCUGGCGAGCGAUUGAACCAUCAGCAUAUUUGCUGGAGAACUGGUCCAAAGCGCAGAAAGCAGGCCAAGUCGCUGCACUCUCUACACUCAAACCACAGCAGCACAGGUUGCAGUUGGUUGAUGAGUUUUUCUUGUACUGUUGCUGUGUUGCUGCAGGCUUACCAGAGAAGGAACUAGCUGAGAAUUUUGAGGUGGGGUUAUUCACAGUCCGUCGUGUUGUCACAACUUGGGCGAAUUACCUCUACCUGCUUCUCAGCUCCACACCCAUCUGGAUGAGCAGAAAUCAAGUGCAGUCAACCAUGCCGCUCAAAUUCAAGCGGUACAGUCCAGACGUGAGAGUGAUGAUCAGCUGUAUGGAGGUACAGUGCCAAAGCUCAUCGCUCGCUCUCCAGUCAGAGGGGUUGUCAAGCGGCAAAAAAGCUACAACCUUCAAGGGGUUAAUAGGCAUCGCCCCAUGCGGUGCAGUGACAUUUGUGUCCAACCUGUACUCCAGCUCGAUCUCAGACGGCGAGCUCUCUGAACACUGUGGGAUCUUUGACCUGCUGGAGCCCGGCGAUGCCUGCAUCACAGGCAAAGGGACCACCAUUGAGAAAGUGGUGGCUGAACACGGGGCGACGCUGGUCAUUACCCCCUUAGAAUCACCAGCGGAGUUCAGCAGGGACGACGAGCUGAAAACACAAGCCAUAUCUCAGCUCCAAAUCCUUAUAAGAAGAGUGAUCAGCAGAGUCAGAGAGUUUCAUAUCUGGGACAGUCCUGUUCCUCUGACUCUGGCUGGGGUCGUCAACCAGCUGUGGACCAACUGCUGCCUGAUGACUAACUUUCAGGGAUCGCAUGACUUGAGAGGCCACAUACCUGUAGCUUUAGAGAUGAUGACAGGACAGUGGUAGAGUCAAACAGCACGUUUACUUGUGCUGUAUUUAAGAACAUUUUGACAUAGUACUUCUAUUUAGUUUCAUUUAUACUUGUUCAUAGGGCUGCAACGAUCAAUCAGUGAAUUAAGUAAUUGCCAGAUGUUCUGAUAAGCAAUUGAUUACAAUUUUGUUAGGGGAAAAUAGUCAAAAUUGUUAUUUCAUCUUAAUUUAGAAUUUUUUACUCCUUUGCAACAGUAAAAUGAAUGUUUUUGGGUUUUGGACAAAAGGAUAAGGUUACAGACAGGUUUUGCAUUACUAAGGAUAUGUGAGGAUGCCAUCGAUGUUUUAGGAAAGAAAGAUUGAAAUUUUUCACCCUUUUCUACAGAAGUGUAUUGCCCUAUAAAAUAUUUUUUGCCCCCCCCCCCAGUGAAAUUUGUUCUCUGUUUCUCUGAGUUCGUGACAUCACGAUCUCUGGAUUGUUGCAUUUUUUUUUCUUUUUUAUAGGUUGUUUUUUGGCUUUUUUUUGCUAAACAUAGACCAAA